UUGAAGAAUCAACAUGGAAUUUCUUACUUGUGAUUCCGACUUCAAAACUAUGGAGUUAUUGUUGUAUAAUUGAUUUUAAUUUUUUGCACGUAUGAUAGACAGGCUCUUCAAUGCUUACAGUUCAUUAGCUUUCUCUUUGUCAGAAAAAAGGGACAAAAAGGAAUGUUUGAUGGAUGAUAUGAUGUCGAACUAUUUUUUUAUGGUGUAACUUCUCAUUUUUUGACUUAAUCAUUGCAAAGAGAAAGAAAUUUUAGUCUAUCAGUGCCUAAAAAUUACCAAUCUUGAAGACAGUGUAAAAUUUGCCAUGUUUCAUACAAGGAAAAUGAGUAAGUAUUUGGCCUAAACAAUGAGCUUUUGGUUCCAAGUUGAGUGCUACUGCUCAGUCCAGAAUAGGGGGUGUUUGUACUUAAACAUGGACAAGACUAAGUAUUUGAAUUGUUCACUGAUUUAGAGCCUUGACACUGGAUGUAAACUUAUCUGAUGCAACUUUUAGUAUUUUAUAUGCUCAAAAUAGUUGGGUUUAAGUUGUGAUCCUUCGACUUGUAUUAUGGGAUUGAAUAAAUUGGUUCAUGGUUGAUGUGUGCCCUAGAAGAAGGCUGCUGGGAGUGUGGAACAUGUAUGGGAAUUGUUCAUGGUAAGGAGUAUGCUUUUGGAGCCCAUGAUUUCCCAGUAAGCGGAGUUUUUGAAGUAGAGCCAAGGAGCUGCCCUGGUUUUGUUUACCGAUCUUCCAUCCCCUUAGGCCGCGUAAAUAUGCCACGCUCUGAAUUCCGGACAUUUGUUGAGUCUGCAGCUUCUGAGUAUCAUGGAGAUACUUAUAAUCUUAUUUCCAAGAAUUGCAACCAUUUUACUGAUGACAUUGCAUGGAGAUUGACAGGCAAACAUAUCCCUGGGUGGGUAAAUCGGUUGGCCCGGAUAGGCGCGUUGUGUGGAUGUCUUCUUCCUGAAAGCCUUCAAGCUACUUCUGUUAAGCAGUUACCUGAGUACCACGAGUGUACGGAGGAUGGAUCCGAAUCACUGUCAACAGCCACUCCUCGUGAGUCAAUUGAAAUUCAUGAUGACCAAGAGAAACUCUUGUUGUUGCCACCAGCCAGCAGUGGGGAAGUGGCUUUUGUUAAAGAGACGCAGAAUUGAACCUUGGUCGCUUUCAAGGGAAAAAAUUGGGCCUUUGGAUCUAUUGUUCUCCUCUUAAUUAUCGAUGCUUGCCUGGAAAGGCCUGCAUCCCCCUUUUGGAAGGUAAAAACACCAGAGAUCAUUCACCGUUGGUAGCACACAUGAUUGCUUGCUGGAUGUUGAAAUUUUCCAAAUUGCUCAUUUUUUCAAUCAUUUUUCUUCUCUUUCCCCAUUCUUUUGUUUGGUUUGUUGGGGUGAAGAAUCUGUAAACUAGAAAAUAGUUUGAUGUAACUGAUGUUUUAUACCAGUGAUUUGCAUGAGCCUCUUUAAAGUAGAAACAACAUUUCUAUA